AUGGCGGCAGCUGACGCUAUUCAAAGCAUCGCCGUCGCGGAGCAAAGAGUCCUCACUGAGGAGUAUGGGGGCAAGUUAUCGAAUAAGUUCAUCGACGAGCUCAAGGCCGCCACACUAUUCCAGUUCGACUGGGGUGAACUGCUAAGCGCUGCCCCGACUGCCUUGUACUUUAUGGGCUCCUGCUGGUUGGCAGCUGCGAACCCGACGGCUGAGAUGAUCUCUUUGGCUGAUGUAGUACCGGAAGGGGGUUUCAAGUAUAUGACAAACCUAAGGAAUCCGACACUUAGGGCGUGUCUUGUCGAUGUGUGCAACAAUGGCGGAAGGCAGGCUUUCACCAUUGCCGGCCAAAAUAUGGAUGCUUUGCACAUGACGAGUCGGCGCAUCUGUGAUGAGAGAAUUGAUAUCGUAUUCAAGCGUUUGGGUCCGUGCACCGCCAGCAAAGAUGCCCUUGAAGAUUUCAACGACGCGUUGCAAGAUUUGUCCAGGGACGCACACAGGUGUGCGGAGUUGGCAGCUGAGACGCGUGAGGCCUUUGGCAAAUGGAGCAACAUGGUCGGCGAGUUGAACAUGUGCAUGGAAAACCAGAUGGGUAACACGAGCAUCCAUGCCUCUGACGUCACAAAAGAACAACAUGUGGCUGAGAUCGAGGAGAAGUUCGCUGUUGAGGCAUCCGAAAACACCAAGAAGCAGGUUAUGAGGGCGGCCCGUGAACUGGAGAAAUCGGAGGGCCGUCUCGACAGAGCCCUAAGCGGAGUGCCCGGCCCAUGGGCGACGGUCCUCCAGGGAGCCGUCGUAUGCUACACCCAGACCAUACCAACCCUCGUGGCCGGCAUGCUUCCCGUCAUCUUUGGUAAAGAAUACAAAACCGCCGACGGAACAGCGCAGGUCGGCCUUCCUCGGGGAAAGUGGCCGCCACCACAGGACGACCCGUCCUUCGCCAGAGCCACUGAGAUCCGGGAUCUGGUCAAUCACUUCUACAGCUUUAUCGGCAAUGAGAAGGGUCCUAUCGACUGGGAAAAGUUCAAGGGGUCCCCAGGAGUGGGCGCCAACGAAUUCCAGGGGCUGACAUACUUCUUGGGCACCUUGCGAGGGCUACAGCAGACCACAGAUGUGACCGGUACGAAGGCAAACAAGAAGCUGAUGACGGCGUAUAACACUCUCAUAAGAGUUGGAACUGAGAUUCAACAUCACCUGAGCCAGCAGAACAAGAUAAAUGCAGUGACCAACCCCAGCGAAGACGUUGUCCGGGGCUGGAAGAAAGAGGUCAAGAAGGCGCGGUCCACCGUGCUCAAUCUUGCAACCCAGGCCAACGCCAGAUCCUCCGGCAGCGUCCCGAGGCCGUUUGGCAACGUAAAGUUCCAAUGCAAGCCUGAUUUGUCGGCGCAAAAAGCGCAGCUUAGCACGGCCUUACAGACAGUGCAGAUAGCGCAAGAAGCAGUCGAAAGCGCGCAGUCAACGUAUGAUGCCGCCCUUGCUAAGCAGGAGCAGACUGCAAUAUCCAUUGCUAGGAUCCAGGCCAAGCUUAAGCAGCUCCAUGAGACGGGUCAGAAUCUUGAAAAGAUCAAAGACGUAUUACGCGACUGUAUAUCAGUCCUAGUCGAUCUAGCUGUUCAGAUCCGUAAGCUAGAGCAGUUCUUUCUUAUGCUAGCGAACGUCAUCGAUCACAUUGUGCUGCCACGGGCUGAGACCUUCACACGCGAAAUGACCAAAGUCGGCCGCCGUGCGCAGAGAGACGGCGCUAUUAACGCGGACGACAUCACCAAGCAGACGAUCUAUACCUCAACUCUACAGAUUAAGGGCUACUUUAGCGUCCUGCAGGACGUCUCAGAAAUGUAUACACUCGUGCACCGGAAAUAUAUCAAUGAGGGUGUUGACUUGUGCUAUCAACUGUCCAAAGGCACAGCGAGCAACGACCCUAUGUUUACACUACAGGAGCGGCUAGCUAGUUAUUCGGACAAAUCAGCCCGGGAGAUCUCCACGCUGGCCUCUAACAAGCAGGCAGAGGUCCUUCGCUCUCUAAAGGACCGCGCCCGGAAGGCCCUAGAGCACACGCAGCUGAUUGAGAACGAGGUCACCAAGAGGGGUAUUGCGGUUGAAGAGUCGGACAAGUUGGCUAUAAAAGAGGGCGGGGAGGAGCACAAUACUGAGGCCAAGAGUAUAGUGGACAACGACGUGGGCCUGACGGCUUCGGAACAGAUAGAUAGUUCAAACUUUUAA